CCUUUAGUUGUAUUCCCCCUAACUCCUUUCAAGCCCAUGAACAUUCCCGCUUUAAAUGCAGAGAGAAACGAGGGAAAUCGACUCAUCAUACGAUUGGGUUUCGUGUAUGCCCAGAGCGCAAAUGGCUUGGCAGAGCGCUGUCCCCGUUCCGUAACCUGUGGGAUUGAACGCUUGAACUGUAGAGUGUCACCUUGUACCACGUGAUCAACAUGAUUGUGAAUACGUGCUCAGCGACCAUGCUGGCCUUGUUCAUCGAAUUUCUCUGCGCUCUGAGCAACGGCUCUAGUGAGAGUAAAGCGAUGACGACGGAGGAAGUGACGUCUUCAGCACCAGCGGUCACUACUGGAGCUACACUCGCCGAAGUGAAGAACGAAGACUCAGCUACCGCUCUGAAGAAAUUGAGCAGAACCAGACAAAGCCCCAUCCAGAAGAAAACGGCGGCGAUACAUUGCAAAAAGACGGUGACUGUUACCACGGCGGGCGUUUUGCUGACAGCCGUCGUGGGGAUGCUGAUGGCAUCUGGCAAGCUGCGACAGCGUCUGCACGCAACACUGAACAAGGCCGGCGGCGAAAUCGAAGGAAACACAAUGAGAAGACUUGCAGAAGGAGGUGGUGACGGCGGCAAAUGUGUAAGUUUGGUGAUCACAUCAGAGAGUCGAUAG